AUGUCUGACUCAUUGAAAAAGCUAUCCUGCUCCAACACUGAAUUCGGAUUGGACCUCUACAGAAAAUUCUCCUCUUCAGAUGCCGAUGGAAACAUUUUCUUCUCACCGAUGAGUAUUUCCUUAGCACUUGCCAUGACUUCUCUCGGAGCAAGAGAUAAAACAGAGCUUGAAAUGAAAUCCGUUUUAAAACUGGACAAGAUGACAAAUAAAGACAUUCACGAACAUUUCAGAAAGCUGGUUGACGACCUGAAAAAGUCAAAUGACAAAUUCAUCUUACACAUCGCUAACAAGCUCUAUGGAGAAAAGUCAAAUUCAUUUUUGAACGAAUUUCUCAAAAGUUGUGAAGAAUUUUAUGGAGCUGCUUUGGAGCCUGUUGAUUUUAGAAACAAAGCAAAAGAGUGUGAAGCCACUAUCAAUGCAUGGGUUGAAAAUCAAACAAAUCAGAAAAUUCGUAACUUGAUAGCGCCUGGUUCACUGAACGCGAUGACGAAACUUGUACUUGUGAACGCAAUAUAUUUCAAAGGCUCAUGGGACAUUCCUUUCGAUGAAUCCAACACCAAGGAAGACAAGUUUUACAUUUCUGAAAACCACACCACACAAAUAUCAUUGAUGCACUUUUCAAAGAAAAAAUUGAGAUAUUCUUUUGAUGAGGAACUAAAAUGUCAAAUUUUGGAGUUGCCCUACGAAGGUCGCAGGCUCAGUUACGUCAUAAUACUACCGGAUUUAGAAAAAACUAAAUUGGAAGAGGUCGAACAAAAAUUAACGGGGACCAUUUUGCAAAACAUUUCGAAUCACUUAUAUACCAAAGAAGUCAAUGUUUGGCUACCGAGAUUCAAAUUAGAAUCGACACCAAACGUUAUGAGAGCAUUGAUGGAGCUUGGCUUGCAGGAUUUAUUUGAUUCCAGAGCAGAUUUGUCGAACAUGAACGGAGAGAAAAAUUUAUUCGUCUCAUCAAUUUUACACAAAGCUUUCAUUGAAGUCAACGAGAAGGGAUCAGAAGCGGCUGGAGCAACUGCAGUGAUAAUCGGAAAGAAAUCCUUGCGACAUCCCGCACCGUCAAUUCCAGUUGAUUUCAGAGCCGACCAUCCAUUUAUUUUUUCCAUCAAGGAUAUCGAAUCUGGUUCUAUAUUAUUCCUCGGUAAAUUCUUAAAGCCGUGA